CAGUUUGUAAACAAAAAUGCACUUUUCACGUGCAUCCUUCAACACUAUUUUUUUUUCUUUCAUCAGCGCACGUUUCUCAUCGCUUGUUUUUCAUCUGAGUCCGGAGCAAGUUGUGCAAUCACGUUAUGUGCUAGUCAAGUGAAAUCCAGUGUUCUUAAAAGUGAUCAAAAAAUGUUCAAACUGUUCAGAUCGGUAAUUCGUCUGGAAACGCGAUGGCCAUCGGCAUCCGCUCUUUAUUCCACAUUUCGGCCGGCAGAAUUCCACUUCGAAACUUCGGACGGCGAAAGCGGCACUCUGAUUCAUCGUUUCUCCCGUCACAUAGCGCUUACAAAGAGGGACUUUACGGACCAGACCCGAUUCCAGUUCAAGUACUCGUCGUUCUAUCCGGUUUACCGGCCCGAUCAGUUCCUGGAACAGUUGGCGGGCAUUUCCAGCCAUGACAUGGGCAAACUGAUCUGCAUGACGAGCGAUUUCCGGGGGAAAGCCGACAUCCGGAUGUACACCGAUGUGGUCAACGCGCUGGACGAAGAAUGCGAGUCCCGGGUGGACAGGGCCGAGUUCCGGGAGCUGGUCGGAAUGAUGCACGGGUUUAUGUACCUGCUGCCGAACAAGAUUACGAAAUUGAAGGCGUACCGGAAGGCGAUGCCACGGCUGGUGGAAAUGUUCGGCAGGAACGUUAACCGCAAGGACUUCAUGACGAUUCUGUUCUUUCUGGGGCUGUGGAAGAAGAAUGCGGCCGGGAGUCGCCUGAUGGAACAGUUUAUAGGGGAUUAUCUGGGGGAGUUUUUGAACGAGGAGAUGGAGCGGAUGGAUUUCGUUAUAUUGGCCAAUGCCUUGUACAAAACCAGCGUGAGGAUCAAGGAUGAGCAGUUCCGGAAUCGCUUGGUAGAGGAAAUUGCCACCUUCGAAGACAAGGAUAUGGCGCUGUUCGUAACGCUGGUUAAAUGUGCUCGCAUGAACCGAAUCCACUCGGAUCGGAUAGCGGACCGGUUCAGGAAUCUGCUGCAGGGUGAAUCACAAUCCCUGGAUUUCAGAGGUCUAGCACAUCUGUUUGCCUACGUUGCUGAUAAUUUGAUAAAGGACGACACUCUGACUGAGCUCUUCCUGGGAGAAUGCCGGGCGCAUAUAGAAGCAGAAAUUCUCACACAACCGGAGAAAAGCGACUUGCUUCCGCAGAACUUCCGCGCCAAGGAUCUGGCCACCUUUCUGUGGAGUUGUUCCACUUUGUCCAUCGCACUGGAAGACCUCGAGAUAGAUGCAAAAGAUCUAAAAGACGUGAUAUUCCGCAAGAUCGACAACGACGAGUACCGCUACAUUCCGGACACCUUGGUGGACACGUGCCUUUCGUUGUGGCUUAUGGGGCACCCCUCGGUUGACCUCAUGUCCAGUAUCUUUGGCGAUCGUCAGAUGACGCAGCACUUUGCCAAAGAUCGCGCCAAGAUCGAGUCCAGGCGGGAUUUGCUGCUGGCUUGCGCCGAAAUCGAGCGACCGGAAGCGUUCAAAAUUAUUUCCAAACUUCCGCGGGUUCGGGCCUAUCAGUUGGAACGACCGGCACAGGAUUACUUGGUGAAGAAUCGCCGGGAGCUACAACGGGUUCACAGUUGUCUGCAGAGCGUGAAGGACAAGCUGCAGAUCGGCGAGAUCGAGCUUAAUUUGCCCAUCCGGGCGUUGAACAUUGCAGGGCUGCUGGUUAGGAUGGAUAAUGGGGACAUUGUUAAUUUGGACGUGCUGGAUCGAGCAUACUGUUUGUCCGACAGGGAGACCCCUUCGGGACUGAUGGUCCUGAAACAACGGCUUCUGAACAAAGCUGGUGUUGAAAUGCAUGUGGUCAACAGUCUGCAGAUAGAAUCCGACGACGCCCUAACGCAAACCCUGGAAGCCACCAUCCAAUGGUCAGUCAAAGCCCGCGCCACCAGAGAAUCCAGAAAGGCCGGUUAAAAGACACAUUUAUUCAAAUCGAAUACCAAAACUAAUAUCAGUUACAAAUUG